AUGGCCGGACCUGCAAAAGAAAAGGAGCAAGGUUACUAUGACAACCUGAUGAAGGCGUUGACAACCGACAAUCCGGAACUAGGCCUGCAGGUACCGUUCCAGAGACCUUCAGGUACCAUUGUUGCUGCGUAUGGAGAUGAGGAACUGAAGGUGCCACUAACACCUGAGGCCUGGAAGGAGGAACGAUGGAACUUCCCCCACGUAAUUGGAGCUGUAGAUGAAAAACACAUCGGGCUCAGAAUCCCUCCCCUUGGUGGUACACAUUACUUCAACUACAAGAAGUUCUACUCCAUGGUUUUACUUACAAUUGCUGAUGCUUCAUACAAGUUCCUGUACGUGGACAUGGGUGCCAUUGGGUCAGAGUCGGACGGUGGCGUACCUGUAUUUUCUUAA